AUGGAUUUAUUGACAGUUAAAACUGUGUUUGUAAUUGUCUUAAGCGCGUUUCAGCUGGUGACGUCAUUUCCAAGCGGACCACCAAGAAGCGCAUGCGUGAACUUACUUCCGGUUCAUAUGAAAGGUGGGCAGCGGCUGCGGCCCCAGAACACCUCGUGCCCUUACUCCAUUACAGUGAACGUGACGUCAUAUGGUCCAGGGAGCGUCAUAUCCAUAAGGGUACACAGUUAUGUGCGGGCGAUGUUCCGGGGACUGAUGUUACAAGUGCGGCCGCUGCCGAAUAAAAAUGGCGAAUCUUAUAAAGACGAGCCUCUAGGAACGUACAUCAGAGAGGUGGAAAAUGUGAGGAUGAUGACGUGCGGAAAUUCCCUGGACACCAUCGCCCACAAAGACGGUUUUUCAAAGAUAGAAGCUAAGUUCGUCUGGACGGCGCCCCUGAUGACAAAAAAUGACGUCCAAGUGACGGCAACUAUUCUUAAAAACUUUACCCAUUUCUGGUCUGACGUCAAGUCUCCGCCGAUUCGGAUUAACAGAGAACCCGGCACUCAACUUCCGGUGGAGACACUAGAAAAGCCAUGGGUUAAGGAAAUAGUUAUGUCCGCGGAGGCGCGAAAUGAUAAGAAAAUGGCACGGAAGUUAGUGAAAGAUCGGUUUGAGAAGGGGCUUAAAGGCGUCGUCGAUCCCAAUGGGUAUAUUAUGGUGAGCUACGUAGCGGACUUGCUUCCGUUCGAGGACAGAUGGGCGGUGGCGCAGCAAGUGAUUACGUCAAACCUUGAGGCGUCACAGAGUCUAGAGACGUCACUUGACGUCACGGAGGAUGAGUUCGAUACGAAGGUGCGAAGACCUGGGGCGAUUGGAAUCGAGGUGCCGGUAGGAAUCAAAGUGGUUGAAGGCAAUUCGACAGUCGGAAAAUCAGACUAUGUGAAGUUUUUACGGGAAGUGAUUCACGGGGACCAUUCACACAUUAAGGAACUUACAAACAUUGUUGAAGAUGGUGACCAAGGAAUCCAACACUGA